UUUACAGAUAUUUAGUUCAUAGCUAAGCAUUUAGUUGCGUCAUCAAAGCUUUCUGGUAGCAAACAUGGACUUUGUCAAAAUUAUUCUGUUUAUCUCUCUCAUCUGUGGCUUGGUUGGGGAGCCCAAAGUGCCGGCUGGAUUCUGCGUUUCCAAGAUAGUGAAUUGGAAACUCGUACAAGUUGGAGAUUGCAAGAAAGACGAUGGAUCUGAUAUCCUCGACUUGAUUCAGAAGAGUCUUGAGAAAAAGAAAAAAGCUGAAAUUAAAUGUGACGUCACAUAUAAGUCAAAAUGCUUCCGAAUAGUUGUGUAUGGUACACAGAAUGUCACCUUCAAUAACGCCGAACCAAUCUGCAGAUCAAUGUACAAAGGAAAACUCGCGAACAUUUACGACCUCGCGCAUUACCAGUCACUUCGCACUUCCUUGCGUUCACUGAUUCCUGCUGGCGAGGAAUGGAUUGAAAUCUGGACUGGAAUGGAGUAUAAGAACAAUCAGCUUUUGCUGUCAAGUGGAGAACCAAUUACUAUAGCAACUGAAGUGUGGAUUCCUAAUUACCCGAAAACCGAUGCAUCGUGGACAAAUGUCGGUGUUCAGGCUGUUAAAGAUCCAGAGAAUGUAUCUCAGGGAAUGUACAAUUAUUUCCCAUCCUGGUCACUCCACGGUGUCAUCUGUGAAAUAUAAAACCAGCUCAAAACCUGACAGAACUUCGUUGACGGACUGAAUGAUAUAAACGACAAAGA